UGCAAGAUUGAUGAAGGGUCAAAUGGGACGUAUCUUUACGACAUCUUCUGGUAUAUAAACGGAUUUAAAAUUACAUCGUAUAACAACAUUCCAUCAAGAGAUAUGAACACUACUCUACUGAAACAUACAGACUGGAUAGAUAGCUAUAAAAUGAAUAUGGAGGUUCAAUGUGCUACUAGAAUGAGGUAUACAGCUAAUUCAGUUCCUGGACCAUUACAGUACAGUGCAAAUUUCAAGGCAGGGAUAUUUCCGGACAAAUAUGACUAUACGGUCAUUGAAGGCGAAUCAAUUACAAUUUCAUUCAAGUCGACAGUUCCGGUUGGUUGCAUUGCCUCGCAUAAAACUCUCAUGGCUCACUGUGAUCAGAGCUUUUAUGUGUUUCAACCAAAAAAGAAUCCCAACAUCGGAUCGUGUUCUAAUAACAUUGCCAUAAAAGAUAUCAUAUUCAAAGCACAGUUUUGUGGCAUCAAAUUUGGAGCCACUGACUGGCAAGAAGUGAAGAAAUUGGAAGUGUAUGGUUUUAGUGAUGGUCUGUAUAAUAGUGGAGAUAGAUCAACAUACAUAAGGCUUUCCACUUCUGCUGUAUCAGCAUUUAAUGAAAUGUGGCAAAAUGUACAAAUUCCGGACAUUAAGGUUAAAGUUUUAGAUAAAGAUGCAUUAAUGACAAGCAGGCUUUGUCAAUCAGUGAAUGAUCCUCAUAUUUCGACCUUUGAUGGACAGUAUUAUCACUUUAUGGACAUUGGUGAAUUUGUUAUGUACAGAAAUGACAGAGGACCUUAUUGGGUCCAUGCGUUGUUGACCAACUGCGGAUUUGGUUGGCAAGGAUCUGCUUGUCACUGUGCGAUAGCAAUACGAAGUCGUAGUUCCUUAUUUGUAAUCAGGACUUGUAAAUCUAUUUCGAGGACGAAAAAAGAACUACUAACAACACCAGUUACCAAAUUAAUAAGUUGCGAUGACAACGACCUACUUAUUGACUUUAAUCAAGCACGAAACGAGUACAAGGUAACUUUACCAAUCGGAACAGAAAUCAAGAUCUCAAUAUCGAGGUGGUCGGGAUUUAUCGGUACUGUCACAGUAAAACCUUCAAUUUAUGACAUAAAUGAAGCCAAAGGACUGUGCGGUGUUCCGAGUGUCACAAAAGAUCCAUCAGAUGAUUUUACUCAUCGUCAUAAUGGACCAGUUAGCAGUGAUCAGGAAUUCGCUAAAUCAUGGAGAAUUACAUCAGCAAUGACGAAUGAACAAUUGUUUGUUGAUGAACCCGAUUUUAUCAACGAUGACUUGAUUCUGAAUCUUCCGAACAAUCCAACUAGCAUAAAUAAUUCUUCAACAUUUUGUACAUGUGAGGAUCAGGCUGGUAGUACGGAAUCACUUGAUGAUUUCAACAUCAUACAAUGUAACUUGACGGAAAGCACCGAGUUUUGCUCUAGUUCGCAACAGUCUGGAAAUCAGAUUAACUCUUAUUCUACUUCCUGUACCAUCUCUAAACGUAAAAGACGUUCUCUAGAUCUCUCUAGUGUAGUUCGACGAAGCACACCUGAUGCUGAUGACAGUGAUGAUGUAACUGAGUCUCAACCUCUAGUUUUUGAUGAAGAUAUUAACAGUACAGAUGUGAUCUCUCAAACCUUUAGAAACGGAUGGACUGCAGAUAUAGCUUACCAAACAUGCCAAGAAGCUUUGACUACAGCAAUUCCGUCUGAUGUUUACAGCGAUUUUGUUGAGGUGGAUGUGGAAAAUUUUAUCCAAUCAUGCGUAUCAGAUAUUGAAGUAACGGGGGAUAAGUCAUUUCUAACGGAUACUAUAAAUGCUAUGGCAACAAAUAUCAUGACGGAAAUCUCCAGAAAUGAAUCACUUUUCAUUAUGAACACAACUGAUGGCUCACAGACAAUUCUUGAGCAAAUUACAAGCAAAUUAUGUAUAAACAACUGUAGUAAUAAUGGCAUCUGUGUUUCAGGUCAUUGUGAGUGUUCAAAUGGAUAUAUUGGUGAUGACUGUUCCAAAACCACUGCAACACCCCCUGUUAACAUAAGUCUGCCAGCUGAAGGUUUAUGUACUACAACAACACGUUCUUGCAAAAAGACUAAUAUCUAUGGCGACUUUUUGUCAAUGGACGUUUGGUAUAAGAUCCGAUAUUUUAAGGUAGUUGAUAAUUCUAAAUUGUACUCAUCAAACUGGGAAAAUUACAAGGCUCAGUACAGAAAUAUGUUUAUGGUUACCGUCGACCUUGGUGUAUCAAGAAAAACUCGUUCAGCCUCGGGACCUACGAUGGCAGAAGGAUAUGAGAUCACACUGUCGAACGACGGAACCAAUUUUGGAGAGGAAGUUACCAUCCUUAUUUAUGACGAAGGAUGUUUUUCAUGCAAUAGCUCGAUGACUUGUGUUUCAUUGGAAGUCUGUGAAUCAACAACAGAGAAAGAUGAAAGAAACAAAGAUACUAACAAGACCAUUAUAGCACUAGCUUCAUCUUUUGGUGUGAUUGGUGUGUUUGUGUGUUUGUUAGCUUUACUAUUCUACUUGAAGCACAAAAACAGUGAUGAAAAGACAAAAGUUGGUGUUUAUACUGACAGCCACCACGACAGUGAUAAAAAGGUGAACAAUGAUAUGUUGUCAAAUGGGAUCAAGACAUUUAAGGAAAAUUCCAUAAGCGAUCUCGAUCUUCACUUCUGAGGACGGCGGAGACGCAUCAAUUUACAAUAUCGAGAAACAGCUACCACCACAAAACCAUUUCAUGAACAAUUUAUAAAUUUUCAGAAAAUAAGAUCAGUUUGAUAUAGCAUUAUGGAUUUCUUUAUGACUUUUUUCUCAAAAUUAAUAUACGUUGUAUUGAUACUUCCAGAGUCGAAAAUUGGUAAGAAAGUUCUAUAAAUGUAUAAAAUGUUUUUACUCUAUUACUUCGUAUUUGAAGUUAACUUCCAACUUAUUUGAUUCUAGUGCCCUUAAAAAAAGACGUAACGUGAGUCUAACACUACAAAUUAUUAUAAUUAUUUUUUUAUGUUUAAUAAAUAAGGACAGUAAUGUAAAGUUUUACUUUGUCUUCCUGUAUUAUUCAAUCAUUAGAACUAGUGGAACUAUAUAUUUUAGUAUAUUUGCUGAUUUGUGUGUUUUAAGAAUGAAACAAUAUUUUACUCAUUGAAAGGACAGACAUAUAUUAUCAUAAUUUUGACAGAAUGACCUGGAGUCAUUGACCUGCCAAAGAAAUUGAUAACAAUUUCAAUUACAUUACAGUUUUUCCAAAUUGUAAACAAUGCAAUAUGAGACUUGUUUAAAUGCACUUUUAUCAUUAAAAUAUUUGUAGAAGCAUU